AUGGCCUCCGAAAAUACACGCCCUGACCUGCCCCCACUCAAAGAUCUGACCAUUGACAACAUUACUGAAAAUGUUCACAGCAUCAACUCGCGAUGCGAGGAUGCACGGCUCAAAUUCCUGCUCGAGACCUUGGUGACGCAUCUACACGACUUUGCGCGCGAGACCCGCCUCAGCGUCAAGGAGUGGGAGACGGCCAUAGAGUUCCUCGUGCAGGUGGGCAAGAUCAGCAGCGACGUGCGCCACGAGUUCAUUCUGCUCUCGGACAUUCUGGGCCUAUCUUUACUGGUAGACUCCAUUGACCACCCCAAGCCGCCCAACUCGACCGAGGGCACCGUUCUCGGUCCCUUUCAUACCCUCGAGGCGCACGACCUUGCCUCGGGCGAUCAGAUAUCGCAUGACCCCGACGGCGAGCCUUUGUUUGUCUUGUGCUCGAUCAAGGAUACCCAGAGCCGCGCUAUAAGUGAUGUGUCAGUCGACGUGUGGGAAACCGACUCAAAGGGUUUCUACGAUGUGCAAUACGCAGAACGGUCUGGGCCCGACGGUCGUGCCGUGUUAAAGAGCAACCAGGAUGGCAUCUUUUACUUCAAGGCCAUUGUACCGGUGCCUUAUCCGAUUCCAAAUGACGGGCCAGUGGGUAAACUCUUGGGACGGCUCAAGAGACAUCCUUAUAGACCAAGUCAUAUGCAUUUCAUGUUCAAGAAACCCGGCUAUGACCGCCUGAUCACAGCUCUUUACUUGCGCGGUGAUCCCUACGAAAACUCGGACGCCGUGUUUGGAGUCAAGGAGUCCCUCAUCACCACAUUGGGACUCGUGAGCGACGUCAAAGGCUUGGCGGAGGAAUAUGGAUUGUCACCUCAAACCAAAUUGUUAAAACAUGACUUUGUCCUGAUUACUGAUCAAGAGUCGGAUAGUCUGCGUGAGGAUAAUGCCUGGAAGGAGGCUAGGCGUAGAGAAGGCCUGACAGUGAGAGAUGGAUUACUGGUUAGAAAGGACUAA